ACGUUAUUGGUCGCGGCGGCCGCCCGCGGAAUUUGAAAUGGCUGCCGGAAUGCUGACCGGUAGGGGCCCGGAGUCGGAGGCCAUGGCGCCGGGGCGCACUGGCUGGGCGGCCGAGGAGGAGCCGGCGCCCCAGGGGGAAGGUUUGUUCCAAGAUGAAGAUUCAUGCAGUGAUUGUAGCUAUCAUGAUAAGCCUGGUACUAGUUUACAAAGUUUUGUGCUAGAAGGAAAAACUCCUUUCCCAGAAAUUUUCCAAACAAGUCAACUUUUGUUCUAUGAGCGAUUCAGAGCCUAUCAAGAUUAUAUUUUAGCUGACUGCAAGGCCUCUGAGGUAAGGGAAUUUACAGCUGAGUUCUUGGAGAAGGUCCUUGAACCAUCUGGAUGGCGGGCAGCCUGGCACACUAAUGUGUUCAAGGUGUUGGUUGAGGUCACAGAUGUGGACUUUUCCGCCUUGAAGGUAGUGGUGAGGCUUGCCGAACCAUACCUCUGUGAAUCUCAAGUGAGCACUUUUACCUUGGAGUGUAUGAACGAGCUCCUCAAUCUGAAGGAACAUCGGUUGCCCCUGCAGGAGCUGUGGGUGGUAUAUGACGAUUCUGGAGUGUUUGACCAGACAGCACUUGCAAUUGAGCAUGUCAGGUUUUUCUACCAAAACAUUUGGAGGAGUUGGGAUGAAGAAGAGGAGGAUGAGUACGAUUAUUUUGUCAGAUGUGUCGAACCUCGAUUGAGAUUGCAUUAUGAUAUUCUUGAAGACCGAGUUCCUUCAGGACUUAUUGUUGACUACCGGAACCUGUUGUCUCAAUGUGAGGAGAGUUACAGAAAAUUUUUAAAUCUGAGAAGCAGUUUAUCAAAUUGUAACUCUGAUUCUGAGCAGGAAAAUAUCUCCAUGGUGGAAGGGUUAAAAUUGUAUUCAGAGAUGGAACAGUUGAAACAAAAGCUAAAACUCAUUGAGAAUCCUUUGUUGAGGUAUGUGUUUGGUUAUCAGAAAAAUUCUAAUAUCCAAGCAAAGGGCAUCCGUCCAAGUGGUUCGAAGGUCACCCAUGUGGUCUCCUCUACCAUAACGACUGGUCUACUGCGUUCCCUGCUCAGGGACAGGCUUUGCCAGGAGCCUUAUGAAGAAGAAACAGAAAUUCAGUUCCAUAGGGAUCCAUUGUCUGCUAUAAAUGCCUGCUAUGAAGGUGACACUGUUAUUGUUUGUCCUGGCCAUUACGUGGUACAUGGUACAUUCUCCAUUGCUGACUCCAUUGAGUUGGAAGGAUAUGGUCUACCAGAUGAUAUUGUGAUAGAAAAGAGGGGCAAAGGUGACACUUUUGUGGAUUGCACGGGUGCAGAUAUUAAAGUCUCAUGCAUAAAAUUUGUUCAGCAUGAUGCUGUAGAAGGAAUCUUAAUCAUUCACCGUGGUAAGACUACGUUGGAAAACUGUGUACUGCAGUGUGAAACUACAGGAGUCACAGUACGAACAUCAGCAGAAUUUUUAAUGAAGAACUCGGAUUUGUAUGGUGCCAAGGGUGCUGGUAUAGAAAUAUACCCUGGGAGUAAGUGUGUCCUGACUGACAAUGGGAUCCAUCACUGCAAGGAAGGGAUCCUCAUUAAGGACUUUUUAGAUGAGCAUUAUGACAUCCCCAAAAUAUCCAUGGUGAAUAACAUCGUACAUAAUAAUGAAGGUUAUGGUGUUGUCUUAGUGAAACCUACAAUUUUCUCUGACCUGCAAGAAAAUGCCCAAGAUGGAACUGAAGAAAGUAAAGUGUUUAAAAUUCAGACAAGUGGAGAGGGAGAUGCAACUGAAAGAGUGGAUCUAGAAGAGCUGAUUCAGUGUGCAGCUGGCAAAAUGGAGCUCUCUGCAAGAGCUGAUCUUUCUGAGCAAGUUGAGGGAAAUUGUGAAAUUAUAAAUGAACUAGUUGCUGCCUCCACACAAAAAGGCCAGAUGAAGAAGAAGAGGUUGAGUGAACUGGGGAUCACAGAAGCUGAUGACAACUUAAUGUCACAGGAAAUGUUUGUUGGAAUUGUGGGGAACCAGUUUAAGUGGAAUGGGAAAGGAAGUUUUGGCACAUUUCUUUUCUGACCACAAUGAUGUAAACAGAUAGCAAAAUAUUGGAUUUUAUACAUGCUGCCCUAAGAAUCACUGCUGCCAUUGUAGUUUGCUUUAUGUGUGUAUUUUAUAUUUGAUAUAUUUGAUUGGGCUUGAGUGAAAUGCAGGUUUAUUUUUAUUUGCAGGUGUUACAUGUAAAGCACUCUCUCUUUAUAAGAAAGAUCAUAAAAACACAUAGAAUAGAAAAUAUUUAGAGACUUCUUAUCUGAAUGGCUUGCUUUCUUAAACACAUGGUUCUCUCAUAGUAAGCCUGUUAGUAACUUUCUGGUGUAGUUACACUUUAAUCUAGCACUUCAGAGAGGAGAAGGAAAGGCUGAGAAUGCAAGACAAGUGCAUAACAAUGCAAUAGGUGUCAUGUGUGUAGUGUUCUUAGAGUUGUCUUUUAAUCCUAAUUACAGCAAGUCUGAUUUCCACACUGUAUUUGUAUAAUACUUGCCUUAAAAUACUUGCUUUUAUGAUUGGGAAGUUAUCUGCCUAAUCAGACUUAUUGAGAAUCUGAGUGGGAUGCAUUUUUAUGUUGAACCGUGCAAUCGUCAAAAUAGCAAUAGAUAGCAUAGCAGCUUUGAUACAGAAUGAAAUGUGUUGUUCGGAGCUAAUGUGUAUGUAGAGCAUUUUCACUGUUGGUGAAUGUGAAUGAUUAAAAAGAAAGUAUUUUUCUAUCA